CGGCGGGGCCAGGCCGCGGCCACUUCCUGCCCGGCGGGUCCCGGCGCGGCCGGCACGGAGCACCGGCCCUGGGGCAGUCCUGGCGCUGGGCACCGGCACAGGAGUGGCCUGGUGUACAUGCUGAAGAGCCUUUCAUCAUCCCAGCCACGUGGCGAGCUGAGAGGAGAAGCUGUUGUUUGACCUUCUGAGAAGGAUGGAUCAAAACUCAGACUCUUCACUUUCCAGAAUAUUUACUGGGUAUGGUGAUCUUGAGAAUACUGAAGUGUACGAAGAUGAACUUUAUCCUGAGUCAUCCAGUGAGCAGAGUGUUGAUAGUGAGGUGGAGUUUCAUCUCUACAGCCAGAUCCACUACUCCCAGGACCUUGGAGAAAUCAGCACACUGGAAAUGGAUGAAGAAGCUGAUGUUGGAGAAGCCAUGGGUGAAAGUUCAGGUCUAACUGAGAAACAGGAUGAAGAUGAGAAACUCACUGGUGCUGGUACUCAGCAUUCAGAUGAGCCAGAGAUCAUCAUCCUGUCUGAUACCCCAGAUGAAGACAGUAUAUACAAAAGCAAGGCAAAGAAGCGAAGAUAUUCUUCAGCUCAAGGUAAAACACACAUCCCCCCUGUAUCAUCCACACCAAAUCACACCAGAGCUGCUGGAUGUAAUGCCCCAUGUCCCCCUGAGUCUGGCGUGGGUGCCCCAAGGCAGAGAAGCAGCAGCAGUGGGAGGCCUGCCCCAGCCUUUUCUGCUGGACCUUCAGCCAUCGAGGACGUGUUGGUGAUAGACAGCAGCUCGGAGGAGGAGAUCUCUGACAGCGAUAACAUCGAAAGCUGGAUGCUCCUGGGAGCUGGUGCUGAUGACUCGGAUGGAGACAUCAUGUUGAACCUCGAGGGCUGUGCCACUACUAUCAGGAAAGGAAAAACUGAUGUGAACUGGUCCAUCUCUCAUAAAGACUUAGAGGCACAGAUCUCCAACUAUGGGGGUGUGAGGCACAGCAGCAUGCGGUACUACAGAGCUGACAAAAGUGUAACGUGUAGGAACUGCCAGAGACCAGGACAUUUGUCCAAGAACUGUCCCACUCCAAAGAAAGCCCCCCCGUGCUGUCUGUGUGCAGGAAGAGACCAUCUGCAGCACAGCUGCCCAGCACGUUUCUGCCUGAACUGCUGCUUGCCCGGGCACUAUUUCAAGGAAUGCCUGGAGAGAGCCUAUUGGAACAAGCACUGCAACCGCUGUGACAUGAAGGGCCACUAUGCUGAUGCUUGCCCAGAAAUAUGGAGGCAGUAUCACCUAACAACAAAGCCGGGACCCAUCAAGGCAGCGGGUUCACCCUCGGAGCGCGCGGUGUCCGUGUACUGCUACAACUGCUCCCGCAAAGGGCACCUCGGAUACGAGUGCUCAGAGAAGAGGAUGCAGGGAAACAUGUUCCCCACUUCUCCCUUCAUCUACUACUACGACGAUGAGUGCGACAUCAAGAGGAGGGCCAACAGGUUAAAAAGAAAGGUGGCAGACCUGCAGGAAGCCGGCCUUCUGCCGGAACCGUCUGAAACACCGCUUCAGGAGGAGCAGCUUGAGGUGCCCAGCCACAAGAAAAAGAGCAAGCUUUGGAAAGAACAACAGGGGAAGCCAAGCAGGAGCAGUGAGCAGCAAAAGAAGAUGAAGGUGAAGCGGGCAAAGAAGGUCCAGGAGAAGCAGAGGAGGGAUGCUGAAGUGCAUGGCGAGGCGGAGGACUUCCCUCGGGGGCACAAGCAGCAGGGCUGCAAGGGCAGCAGGGCCCGACACAGGUCCCUCUUCCAGGCACUCUCAGGCAGCAAGGCCACCUGUGCUGAGCAGUCUCUAGAAGGUGCCAGAAGGAAGAAGAAAUGGAAAAAGCAGAGAAAUGCUAGUCCUGACAGCAGGGACAAUCUAUUCCUUAUAAAACAGCGGAAGAAGUCCAAGCAGAAGUCCUGGUGAUGGCAGAUAGCACUGGCAUUCUCUGGCUCUGGCCCUGCCUCCUCUUUGCUCCUGUCCCUCUCUUAGCACAUGAAUUUGAGACCAUCCCUGACCCGGCACUUUGGGCACCAUCACCCACCCUGUCCACCUCCACAGGCAGAGGGGACCACUCCAUCUCUGAGAGCCACCCGUGGCAAGCAGGACCCAGAGCUCCUGCCAGGGCUGGUCUCAGAAUAUGCUGUAUGCUUAUUUUCUUUGCUUGGGGAUGUGGGGCAUGCUGGGUUUGGCAGGGUUUGUUUGUUCAGUGAGAUGUGGCUGUGCUGUUGGAGCACAGCACCUUUGGGGCCAACGCCAGGGAGACUUGGGUCAGGGGUGGGUGGAAUGGAAUGCAGGAACGUGGGUAUAAAGCACAUCCCCUCAGCCACCAGUGUCCUCCAGAGAGCAGGAGGGCACUGGGCACUUCCCUGGAAGGGACAGACAAGUCUCUGCUUUGUGCUCGGGGAUGCAGCAGUCCCACAUCUCACUCUCCUCAGCCAUCCAUCCCCUGCCCUCAGGCCUCAGCUUUUGGGGAUCCAUCCUGUUCUUGCCAGCUGGUCAGCAGAGCAGGAAUGAGCAGCUGGGCCUGGAAUAGAGUUUACAUCUCACACUAAAUCUGUCCUUGUUCCUUUUGAUGUGUUGGAGGAAAAAGGAGCGGAGUCUAAAGAACAUACUUGGUUCCAGUCACACUGUGCUAAAAUUUAAUUUUUUUUAAAGACAGUUAUUUUUGUACACUGGAAUUCAGCAUGUUGUUUUAAGGUUUGUAAGAGUAAAAUGCUUUAUCAAAGGACUAACGCAAAUAAAACUUUACAGGAGAAAUAU